AAGAUGGGUCACCAGCAGCUCUACUGGAGUCACCCCCCAAAAUUCGGCCAGGAUUCUUGCUCUUGCCACAGGUGCUCUAACUGUCACAGUCUGAUCCAGAAGUACAGGCUCAACAUGUGCCAACAGUGUUUUCACCAGUAUGCCAAGGGUAUUAGCUUCAUUAAAGUGGACUGA